CUCCUGGACGCAGGCGCCGGAAGUGCGGAGGGCGGGGUCUGUGCUGCUGGGUGAGGUCCGCCGCCCUGGGAAGAUGCUGCUGGACUUGUCGGAGGAGCAUAAGGAGCACCUAGCGUUCCUGCCCCAAGUGGACAGCGCAGUGGUCGCGGAGUUUGGGCGGAUUGCUGUGGAGUUCCUGAGGCGAGGCUCGAACCCUAAGGUCUACGAAGGCGCCGCCAGAAAACUCAGUGUGAGUAGUGACACUGUCCAGCAUGGCGUGGAAGGAUUAAUCUAUCUCCUCACUGAGAGUUCAAAGCUCAUGAUUUCUGAACUGGAUUUCCAAGACUCUGUUUUUGUUUUGGGAUUCUCUGAAGAGUUGAACAAAUUGUUGCUUCAGCUUUAUCUGGACAACAGAAAAGAGAUCAGAACCAUUCUGAGUGAAUUGGCACCAGACCUUCCUAGUUACCAUAACCUUGAAUGGCGACUAGAUGUACAGCUGGCAAGCAGAAGUCUCAGGCAGCAGAUCAAACCAGCAGUGACCAUAAAACUACACCUUAAUCAGAAUGGAGAUCAUAACACCAAGGUUCUACAGACAGAUCCAGCCACCCUGCUCCAUUUGGUUCAGCAACUGGAACAAGCAUUGGAGGAGAUGAAGACAAACCACUGUAGAAGAGUUGUCCGCAACAUCAAGUAGGGCCAGCUUCAGAGUUUUAGUCCCUUUGAAUCAUUUGUGAAUUGGUAAUAUAUAGCAAUUGCUUUUCAGAGUUUGUUUUUUUAAUUGUUGGUGAUAUAUCUGAUUCCAUGACAUUUCUUCUUAUUCCAGAAUAUUGAAAAGUUCCUUUUCCUGGUGCUAAAUGUGGCCAGCUUCUUGACAGAUUAAGAUGUAUUUUGUAUUUUAAAUGUGUACAUAAGAUUGAAUCAACUAGAAAUGAAUGUAUAUUGUUCAUAUUUUCUGUAUAUAUGAAUGAGUAUCCUGUUUUUGGUACUUCUUUUGACUGCUUUUUAUUUUCCUCAUUAUUGAUCAGAAUUUAAAAAUAAAAUU